AGCGCGGUUGCCUGGAAAUAUAGGCGAUUCAUUGGAUACCUUCAUGAAUUCAAAGCCUUCGAUUGACGUAAAUCGUCAUGUCUUGCGGAGGAAAGGAGGAGAACUACAGCCCAGCACAGGUGGACGCGGCUCAAGGUCUUCUAGCAUGAUGAACGCAUCAAGAACCUCUGAAGUUCACCAUGCUGACGCGCAUAACCAACAUCCACCUCCCGCUCCACCUACAAGUGGCGCUGCCGAACAAGAAGCAGCUCGCUACCAGAUGACGCGGACGCAACAGGAAAAAAGCAAGAAUGCACCACUGUCCAUUCAUGAGCAGUUCCUUGCUGCCAAUAAUUUGCCGAUGAUGCAGUCUAACUACAAGUCCUUUCGCGCACAUUCAGUGGAUAAGAUGUCUGAACAAGCGAGUAGGGGUAGGCAUGGAGGUAGGCAGAGAAGAGGUGGUGAAAGUAAUUAUUCUGGCGAUCAUGCAGAAGAGGAUGGCGCAUUCUCAGAAGUAGGGUCAUCGUCAUCAAGAGUAUUACAUCAAGAUGCUGACAGGAGAAUGAACUACAUGCACGAUAACAGUGGAGCAGCACUACUACCUCGUGACGCUGAUA